CGCGCCGUCCUGUCCACGUUCUGUACUCACUCGAGGGUUUAGGGGCGGUAGGGUUUGAGUCAGUCUGGCGUCCCAAGCAUUUCUCCGCAUAACCCGGAGUCUAAAGCGGGCAUUGCGAAGCAGGAGGACGUGGCAGGCAGGUAGCCUUCCAAUCUCAAAUCCCGCCCGACCCCUACUCCGCUGAGGCCACUAGCAGCCGCCUCUGAAGUUGGAGAGGCGGUAACUGAGGCACUCCCCCUGCUGCCGCCCGCCGUUUCCAAGGGACUCAGCAACCAGUUUGUUUCGUCCAGGAAGUGUAUACCUGUUUCACGGGGCGUUGCCCGAGGCAGGACUGAGUCAAGCUUGAGCGGUCAGCCAAAGGCUAGUGUCAGGUGUGGGAGUGUCACUGCCCCCUUUCAUACUGGGCUGUGAGCUCCGGGUUAGACAGACUUAGUUUCUCUUUCAAGAUGUUAUUUUCGAAAUGCGGGAUAAUGCUUCUGCCUCAAUAAGCCUAAUAGGAAGACUGCCACACCUAGACUUUUGCUUAUCGAUCGUCACCGUCAUUCCUACUAACGCCCUGUGUCGUUGAGAUGAACAAACUGAGACACAUAAAGAUGAGUAACUUAUCCAAGGUUAUAUAACAGCAUAUUAGUUAGGAUGCCUUAGACUUAGAAAAAGAACCAUGGAUAAAUAUGUCAGACUACAGAAGAUUGGAGAAGGUUCAUUUGGAAAAGCCAUUCUUGUUAAAUCUACAGAAGAUGGAAAACAGUAUGUUAUCAAGGAAAUUAACAUUUCAAGAAUGUCCAAUAAAGAAAGGGAAGAAUCAAGGAGAGAAGUUGCAGUAUUGGCAAACAUGAAGCAUCCAAAUAUUGUCCAGUACAGAGAAUCAUUUGAAGAAAAUGGCUCUCUCUACAUAGUGAUGGAUUACUGCGAAGGAGGGGAUCUGUUUAAACGAAUAAAUGCUCAGAAAGGCAUUUUGUUUCAAGAGGAUCAGAUUUUGGACUGGUUUGUGCAGAUAUGUUUGGCCUUGAAACAUGUACAUGAUAGAAAAAUUCUUCACCGAGACAUAAAAUCCCAGAACAUAUUUUUAACCAAAGAUGGGACAAUACAACUUGGAGAUUUUGGAAUUGCUAGAGUUCUUAAUAGUACCGUAGAACUUGCUCGAACCUGCAUAGGGACCCCAUACUACUUGUCACCUGAAAUCUGUGAAAACAAACCUUACAACAAUAAAAGUGACAUUUGGGCUCUUGGAUGUGUCCUUUAUGAGAUGUGCACACUUAAACAUGCAUUUGAAGCUGGCAAUAUGAAAAACCUGGUACUGAAGAUAAUAUCUGGGUCUUUUCCACCUGUGUCUUUGCAUUAUUCUUAUGAUCUCCGCAGUUUGCUCUCUCAGUUAUUUAAAAGAAAUCCUAGGGAUAGACCAUCCGUCAACUCCAUAUUGGAGAAAGGUUUUAUAGCCAAACGCAUUGAAAAGUUUCUCUCACCUCAGCUUAUUGCAGAAGAAUUUUGUCUAAAAACAUUUUCCAAGUUUGGACCUCAACUUAUACCAGCUAAAAGACCAGCUUCAGGACAAAGCCUGGCCCCUGUUGUGUCUGCUCAGAAAAUUACAAAGCCUGCUGCUAAAUAUGGUGUGCCUGUGGCAUAUAAGAAACAUGGAGAUAAAAAAUUGCAGGAAAAGAAGCCACUCCAAAAACUUAAGCAGGCCCAUCAAACUCCAUUGAAGAAAGUGAAUCCUGGAGAAGAAAGGGGGAAAAUGUUUGAGGAAGGAGCAAGAAAGAGAAGGUUGGGAUUUAUCGAAAAAGAAAAGAAACAAAAAGAUCAGAUUAGUUUAAUGAAGGCUGAACAGAUGAAAAGGCAAGAAAAGGAAAGGUUGGAGAGAAUAAAUAGGGCCAGGGAACAAGGAUGGAGAAAUGUGCUAAGUGCUGGUGGAAGUGGUGAAGUAAAGGCUACCUUUUUUGGUGGUGGAGGGGCUGUGGCUCCAUCAUUUCCUUCUCGAGGACAAUAUGAACAUUAUCAUGCUAUUUUUGAUCAAAUGCAGCGACAAAGAGCAGAAGAUAAUGAAGCUAAAUGGAAAGGAGAAAUACGUGGCCGAAGGCUUCCAGAGAGGCAAAAGGGGCAGCUAGCUAUGGAAAGAGCUAAACAAGUGGAAGAAUUCUUACAGCGAAAACAGGAAGCGAGGCAGAACAAAGCUCGAGCCGAAGGGCACAUGGGUAAAUACCCAGGAGUGGGUUUGCUUGAUCGUAUGGGAUUCCUGCAAAACCUGGCAGCUAUGUAUGGAGGCAGGUCCAGCUCUUCAAGAGGAGGGAAGCCAAGAAACAAAGAGGAAGAGGUUUAUCUUGCAAGGCUGAGACAAAUAAGAUUGCAGAAUUUCAAUGAGCGCCAACAGAUUAGAGCCAAACUUCGUGGUGAAAAGAAAGAAGUGGAUAAUUCUGAAGGACAAGAGGGAAGUGAGGAGGCUGACAUGAGGCGUAAAAAAGUUGAAGCACUUAAGGCCCAAGCAAGUGCACGUGCUUCUGUAUUAAAAGAACAAUUGGAACGAAAGAGAAAGGAAGCAUAUGAGAGAGAAAAGAAAGUAUGGGAAGAGCAUUUGGUGGCUAAAGGAGUAAAGAAUUCUGAUAUGUCUCCUUCAGGACAGCAUGAUUCAGGUGGCUCUCCAUCAAAGCAACAGAUGAGAUCUGUUAUUUCUGUCACUUCAGCUUUGAAAGAAGUGGGUAUGGACAGUUUAACUGGUACCCAGGAACCCGCAGAAGAAAUGCAAAAGACUAACAAUGCUAUUUCGAGUAAGCGAGAAAUACUACGUAGAUUAAAUCAAAAUCUUAAAGCUCAAGAAGAUGAAAAAGGCAAGCAGUGUCACUCUGAUACCUGUGAGAUAAUUGUUCACGAAGAUGACAAAGGACAUGAAAAAGAAAAGUCAGUUUCAUCUGAUCGCAAGAAAUGGGAGGCAGGAGGGCAGCUCGUGAUUCCUCUGGAUGAGUCUGCAUGGGAUGCAUCCUUCUCUGCAACUGACAACCAUACAGUGGGAGAUGUUAUUAAAUUAGAUUCUGGAGGAUCUCCAAGAAGAGUCUGGGGGAAAAGCCCUACAGAUUCUGUUCUAAAAAUACUUGGAGAAGCUGAACUACAACUUCAGACAGAACUAUUGGGAAACACAACCAUUAGAAGUGAUAUUUCUUCUGAAGGGGAGAAGUACAAACCCUUAAUCACUGGAGAAGAAAAAGUAAAAUGUAUUUCACUUGAAAUGAACCUAUCAGCUACUCUCGAUUCUUCUGCUGAGACAAGCAGUCCAAAGCUGAGUGAGGGAUCUCCACAGAUGUCAUUGAAACCAGAAGGAAAUUUGGAAGAAUGUGAUGACUUGGAAACAGAAGUUUUACAAGAGUCAAGUGGAGCAAGCAAAGAUGGUAGCUUGCCUUGCACUGUUAUGGAUGUGUGGAUUAGUGAGAUAAAAGAAACAAAGGAAACUAAAUUGGAAGAUAGGAUUACUAGUCAGAAAAAUGAAGAUUCUGAAGAUGGAUUUCUGAGGAAUCUGGAACAACUUAGUAAAGUUCACAUAGAACCUGGAAUAGAUGAUUCUCAGCACUCUAAUAAAUGCGAUACAGACAAAUCUAUACAACCAGAACCAUUUUUCCAUAAAGUGGUUCAUUCCGAACACUUGAAUGUAGUCUCUCAAAUUCAGUCAAUUCUGUGUUCACCAGAAGAAGCCUUGCCACUUCGAUCUCGCUCUGAUUCACCACCAAAAAAUAAAAACAAGAAUUCUUUGCUGAUUGGACUUUCAACUGGUCUUUUUGAUGCAAAUAACCCAAAGAUGCUAAGGACAUGUUCACUUCCAGAUCUCUCAAAGCUGUUCAGAACACUGAUAGAUGUUCCUACUAUAGGAGAUGUACAUCAAGACAAUCUUGAAAUAGAUGAAAUUGAAGAUGAGCACAUUAAAGAAGGACCUUCUGAUUCUGAAGACAUUGUUUUUGAAGAAAUUGACACAGAUUUACAGGAGCUUCAGGCCUCUAUGGAGCAGUUACUUAGGGAACAGCCUGGGGAAGAAUACAGUGAGGAGGAAGAAUCAGUCUUAAAGAACAGUGACAUAGAGCAGACUGCAAAUGGGACAGAUCUGGCAGAUGAGGAUGACAAUCCCAGUAGUGAAAGUGCUCUAAAUGAAGAAUGGCACUCAGAUAACAGCGAUGGUGAGAUAACUAGUGAAUGUGAAUAUGAUAGUGUCUUUAACCAUUUAGAGGAACUGAGACUUCACCUGGAGCAGGAAAUAGGCUUUGAAAAGUUCUUUGAGGUUUAUGAGAAAAUAAAGUCUAUUCAUGAAGAUGAAGAUGAAAAUAUUGAGAUUUGUUCAACAAUAGCUCAGAAUAUUUUGGGAAAUGAACAUCAACAUCUUUAUGCCAAGAUCCUUCAUUUAGUUAUGGCAGAUGGAGCCUAUCAAGAAGAUAAUGAUGAAUAAUCUUCAGAACAUUCUUUAAUCCUCAACUGUAUGAAAGAAUUUCAAUUUGGUUCAUCAGAAUAACAAGCGUCAGUGGGGAAUGUAGCAAAUUUUUAUAAAUGAUAUAUCACAUUUAAGAUAGGCAUGCUGAUUGCAUGAAAAAGAUGGACAAACAUGCCAUAUUUCAUUUGAGAUUCUAGUAUUUUAUCCAUUUUAUUUUGUUUGUUGCGUUCUAUAGUUGCCUCCUACAGAAUAUAUACAACCUAAGCAUAAGAGACAUUGAUCCAGAACUGGACUGAAUGGUGCUGAAGAAGAUUUACCGUGCAGUAAGGUAACUUUUACUUUCAGCAAAUGUCUUUAGGCUCAAAGAAUUACUUUCGUUGAGAAAGACAAGCCUGUGGUUUUUCAUUUAAGUAUUUCAGUAUGGCCUUUUUUCUUUCUACUUGUUUUCAUGGCCAGCAAUUAGGUAUUAACUUUCUCAAGGGCUCUAUUUAAAUCUUUACAUUUUGAAGAUGGAAAUUUUAGCCUUAAAGUUUAUAUUCAACCAGUAUGUCUCCUGAACUAGCUCAGUGGAAACAAGCUAUACACACAGUCUUAGAAAUCGUCAAAAGUUUUAAUUAUGAAAGAAUAGCAAAAUUAUAUUUCCUAAUAUUCAAAAAGGUGGUUAAUUAUUUGUUUUUGUUUUUGUUUUUAAUGGCCAGAACUAGGAAUAUUAUACUUAACAAUUGGUCUGAGAAUUAUAACAUUGAUCUAGCAUGGAGCAUAAAAUUGCCCUUUUGUUUUUAACUUUCAUGCAUGUGCAUCACGGGUAGUAGGAGAUUUAAAAAGGAGAAAGGAAUUGUUUCUAUUUUGACACUGACAGUUUUUGUAACUAUUAUUCCAAAGGGGAGGAAAUGUUCGCUUUUUUAUUUCCAUUAUGAGAGGAUUUAGUUAGAUCGUUAAGAUGAUAGUCACACAGCUUCAACUGUAAUAUGCCAGAUAUUACAUGAUUUCAUUAGAGAUGUCUGAAGUCCAGAAGCUUUUAAUAAUAAAAGCAGAAUUUUUGAAACUUGAGUGCAAAGCAGCCUAUUGGCAUAAUCUAUAAUUUGAACAAUAAAAUCUUAAAUUGCAGCACUA